GACGCCUAGUCUUUCAUCAGCAUUAACAGUGGGAACCGAGGGUCCCGCCUGCUCCAGGCUGGGGCUGUAACGGCUCGCCGAAAAGGAGCCACCAGGGCCUGAGAGCUUCGCAGAGGGGCGGGGGCGGCGACCCUGGGCCGCACAGCCACAGGCGGAAGCCGCAUUUGGCAUAUCCUCCUGCUCAUAAUGAGAUUAGUGCUGCUCCAAUCAGCCAAAAUGAACCUCAUGGACAUCACCAAGAUCUUCUCCCUCCUGCAGCCCGACAAAGAGGAGGAGGACACCCAUACGGGGGAGAAGCAGGUUCUCAAUCAAGCAGUAUAUGAUAACGACUCCUAUACCUUGGACCAGCUUUUACGCCAGGAGCGUUAUAAACGUUUCAUCAACAGCAGAAGUGGCUGGGGCAUUCCUGGGACACCCUUGCGCUUAGCUGCUUCUUAUGGCCACUUGAGCUGUUUGCAGGUCCUCCUGGCACAUGGUGCUGAUGUUGACAGCUUGGAUGUCAAGGCACAGACACCACUUUUCACUGCUGUCAGUCAUGGCCAUCUAGAAUGUGUGCAUGUGCUAUUGGAAGCUGGUGCCUGUCCUGGUGGUAGCAUCUACAACAACUGUUCUCCUGUGCUCACAGCUGCCCGUGAUGGUGCUGUUGCUAUCCUGCAGGAGCUCCUAGAUCAUGGUGCAGAGGUCAAUGUCAAAGCUAAACUACCAGUAUGGGCAUCAAACAUGGCUUCCUGUUCUGGCCCCCUCUAUUUGGCUGCAGUCUACAGGCACCUCGACUGUUUCCGCCUGCUUUUGCUCCAUGGAGCAGACCCCAACUACAACUGCACUGACCAGGGUCUAUUGGCUCGUGUGCCACGGCCCCGCCCCCUCCUUGAAAUCUGUCUCCACCAUAAUUGUGAACCAGAGUACAUCCAGCUGUUAAUCGAUUUUGGUGCUAACAUCUACCUUCCAUCUCUCUCCUUGGACCUGGUCUCAAAAGAUGAUAAAGGCAUUGCAUUGCUGCUACAGGCCCGAGCGACUCCACGGUCGCUCCAGUCACAGGCUCGUUUAGUCAUCCACAGAGCCCUGUGCCAGGCUGGCCAACCACAAGCCAUCAACCAGCUGGAUAUUCCUCCUGUGUUGAUUACCUACCUCAAACACCAACUGUAAUCUUGCUGUCUGCCUAGGAAUUGACGAUGCCUCCAAAACCACCUGGGGACCCAGGUAGCUGGAGGGUACUACAACUUCACCCAUUUCCCUGGAGCUGUACUCCUGUAUUAUCCUCCACAAUAAAAUUCUCAACAAAAUAAG